AUGGUGGGAGAAACUUCCAAGUAUGAAGAGCACAUACACCUGUUAGCAGUGUACCAGGAGUUGUUGGAACAGCACAAGGCAUUCAAUUUGUCACGGUUGAUCGAAGAGAAUUUAAGACCCAACUUAACUGGUGACACAUUGAUUGGUGAUGACAAGAUUAACUACAGAGGAAACGGAAUCUUUUUUAUCGAUGAUGCUUUUCUACAGGAGUAUGACGACAUUGACGAAGUGAAAGACGGAGAAUCCAACUUCCUAGUGACAUUUUUCCAUUUAGGUUCCAAAUUGUCUGGUCAUAAUGGGAUAGUGCAUGGGGGUUUAUUAGCCACUCUUCUAGAUGAAUUGACAUGCAGAUUAGCAUUUCAGAAUUUCCAUUCGAAAAAGGGUGUCACUGCCAACUUGAACAUCAACUACAAAAAACCGUGUUUUGUGAAUUCGGUGGUGAUGAUAAAAUGUGAAUUGUCUAGAAAGAGUGGUAGAAAGUGUUGGGUCAAAGGGUCUGUGUUUAGUGUUAAAGACAGCGAAUUGGAGUUAUUGACUGAAUGUGAAUGCCUUGUCAUAGAGCCGAGAUGGGUCAAGAACUUGUAG